AUGUGUAGAAGUCUUAAAAAAAUAGAAGUUCAGUCAUUGCGACAAGAAUACUACAACUUGGACAUCCAACCUGGUGAUAUUGAAGCCAUCGAUACUGAUUUGAAUCAGUGUGAUGAACGGUUGGAUAAUUUAGAGGUUUUGAAACAAAAUACGUAUAAAAUAAAUGAUGAUCUGUUUUUUAAAGAGUCGUCUUUGGGGUGGAUAGCUUGCGGUAAACUUAAAGAAAGCGAAAUUACUCAGGAAAGAUAUUGUUUUCUAACUAAAAAUGAUUCGCUACAAGAUACACUAAAACUGUUUUUUGAUUUGGAGGGGCUUGGGAUUAAAGACGAUCCAAUUUUACAAGAGAAUGAUCAGGCCAUGAAAAUAUUUAAUGAAACUGUUGAAUUCAAAGACGGUCGUUACAUAGUACAACUUCCAUUUACAAAAGACUAUAAUGAACUUGCUGAUAAUUAUUCUUUAGCGAAACAACGUUUCCGAAGUUUAUGGAAAAGAUUUACGCAUGACCCGGAUCUCUAUGAUAGAUACCGUGAAAUUAUACAGGAUUAUACAAGUCAAGGCAUUAUAGAAAUAGUUAAACCUUAUAGUAUACAGGAUGAAUGUGAAAGACCUAUAUUUUAUUUACCCCAUAUGGCCGUUAAAAAAGAAAGUUUAACAACAUCGUUAAGAAUUGUGUUUGACGCUGCGGCGCACGAGGUCAAUGAACUCUCUCUCAAUGACUGUUUGUGGCCAGGGCCCAAUUUAAACCCGAAUCUUCUGGAUGUACUUAUUGAAUUUAGACUCAACCGAACAGCUUUCUGUUCUGAUGUGAAGCAGGCUUUCCUUCAAAUAGGUCUUGCUGAGGUACACAAAGACGCAGUAAGAUUCUUUUGGAGCAAUGAUGAGCCAAGUGUUUCUAAAGAUCCCAAAAUAAUUAUCUUCCAUUUUAAUAGAGUGAAUUUUGGAGUCAACUCAAGUCCAUUUCUACUCGCUGCUACUAUUAGGCACCAUAUCAAAAAAUAUGAAAAUGAUCUUCCUGUUAUCGUUCAACUUCUAGAUAGAAAUCUUUAUGUAGAUGCUUUUAUUUCCGGUAGCAAUGAAUUUUAUGAAGCAUUAGAAAUAUCUAAAGAUGCAAAUAAAGUAAUAGAAGCUGCUGGAAUGAUUCUAAGGAAGUGGAUAACUAAUGAUGCUGAUUUGAUGGAGCAGUGGAAGAAUGAGGGACUAGAUACUCAUCUUGUAAACGCUAGUGUUAGUCUGGGUUCCAAUCAGACUAAAGUGUUGGGACUUUUAUGGAACACCGGUGAAGAUUAUUUUUCUGUAGAUACCAGAAGUCUCCUAAAAUUCGUCUCCUCAAUCAAAAGUACAAAACGUUCGAUACUCCAGGCUAUAGGGAAGAUAUUUGACCCUUUAGGGUUAAUUUCAUGCUUCACCAUACGAAAGAAAUGUCUGAUCCAAGAAUUAUGGAGUGAAAAAAUUCCUUGGGAUGAAUCCUUGCCACCGAAAAUAGAGAAAGAAUGGAUAAAAUGGUGUGAAGAGAUACCUUUUUUAGAAAAUCUUAAGAUACCUAGACUGGUUCUUAAUUCUAUAUCCAAGGAUGAUAUCGUCGAGAUUCAUAGAUUUUGUGACGCCUGUAAGAACGCAUACGGUGCUACAAUAAAGGGAAAGACAAUUCAUUGGAAACAAUUCGUUGCUAAUCGAGUUAAAGAAAUAGCCACUUCGACAGAUCCAAACUCCUGGCACCAUUGUGCAGGUACAGAUAAUCCUGCAGAUAUUCUCUCUCGUGGAAUUAGUGCUGAAUGUUUGGUUGAUAGUUCCAGGUGGUGGACAGGUGCUGAAUUUCUGAUGGAAUCUGAUUUUCAAGAAACUUUGGAACAAUCAUUUCCUGAUAUAGAAUCCCUUGCAGAAGGCGAAAAAGAAACAAUUCUCCGAGAAGCAAAAAGUGUUUCCUCAACCGAGAGUACGGAAGAGACUGUUUUGAUAACUGAUGAUUCACAGACCCUGAUUGAUAAACUUUUAGAACUCUCAAAUAAUUAUGAUAAAAUUAAUCAUAUUUUGUGUUAUAUUUGCAGAUUUCUUCAUAAUUGUAAACAUAAGGAUAAGAAAAUGGGACCCUUGACAGUUGACGAGGUAAAGUAUUCUGAAAGUAUCCUGAUUAAGCAUUCUCAGAAGACACUGGUAAAUAAGAACAAUUUUUCUCGCAACAUUUCUAGCUUAAAUCCCUUUGUAGAUGGGGACGGUUUAAUACGAGUAGGUGGAAGGCUCGAUAAUGCUUCAGUACCCUUUGAUCAAAAGCAUCAGACAAUCUUACCGAAAAAGUCCAAAUUAAGUAAAAUUUACUUCGAUUGUUUACACAGGAAAUUACUUCAUAUUGGCCCUCAAGGUUUGUUAAGUGCAGUUAGGUUAAAAUUUUGGCCUUUAGGAGGCCGUAAUCUUGCACGUCAAACUGUACAUCAAUGUGUAACAUGUUUCAAAUCUAAGCCCUUCCUUUCCACUCAAAUUAUGGGUAAUUUACCAAGUGAAAGAGUCAACAUGUCACCCCCAUUUUCCGUCACAAUUGACCUGUGCGGCCCUUUUGCUGUUAAAUAUAAACAUCAACGUAAGGGUACUCUCAACAAAGUAUAUAUUUGUAUUUUCAUUUGUUUUUCCACAAAAGCCAUCCAUCUUGAACAGCUGACUGAUUUGACUUCCGAUUCGAUGAUUGCCACAUUGAAACGAUUUACGAGUAGACGCGGAAAAUGCUCCAAAAUCUAUACUGAUAAUGCCACUAAUUUUGUUGGAGCUAAUUCUCAAUUAAAAAAGUUUUAUGGAUUAAUUAAUUUUCCAGAUCAGAUUUUGGCUAAUUAUUUUACCUCUGAAAGCAUAGAAUGGAAUUUUAUUUCACCAAAAUCACCACAUUUUGGUGGUCUUUGGGAGGCGGGUGUAAAAUCAGUAAAACAUCAUCUUAAAAGAGCAGUUGGAAAAUUUCAUUUCACUUAA